AUGGAGCUGCGGUGGUACAGGGAACAGCCAUCCCAAGUCGUGUACCUGCACAAGAAUGGGAUGGACGUGAAGGAAGAACAGAUGAAGGAGUACCAGGGAAGGACCACCUUCCUGAGCGCUGGGCUGGACCGGGGACAGGCCACAGUGAGGAUCAACAAUGUCACAGUUUUUGAUAACGGAACCUUCCACUGCAACUUCAAAGACGGCAUCACGUCGGUGGAGGCCAGGCUGUGGCUGAUGGUGGCAGGCCUCUUCUCAGUGGUGUCCAAUGUGACCAUCCAGGAUGGGGUUGUGGGGAACUUCUCCUGCUCCAUCUCCAGCCCCCUCCUCCAGAGGAAGAAAAUGGCCAACCAUCACUUGUCCUCUCUGUUUUCCAGAAGUUCCCCGUCAACGGCAUGGAAGACAGUGGUACCUCUGAUCCUCACUGUGGCAGGGCUUGCCACAGCUGGAGCCACUUGUCUCUUCCAGAAAUGUCAGAAGGACAGGAAUAUGCUGCAGCUGGAAGAAGAGAUACCGUAUAGAGCAGAGGAUCAGUGCCUCCAAGGCUGGACAGAGGACAAGGUCAUCCAUGUGAGCCCAUCCCUGGACCCUGAUACCGCAAGCCCCAAACUCGCCCUGUCUGAGGAUGGGAAGAGUGUGAGGUGGCUGUUCUUUGACGAGGAACUGCCAGAUGUCCCCAGCAGAUUUGACCAGGACCCCUGUGUACUGGCCCGGGAGCAGUUCUCUGCUGGGAGGUAUUACUGGGAGGUCCAGGUGGGGCACAGGAAGGCCUGGAAUGUUGGCGUGUGUCUGGAGAGCUUGGAUCGGAAGGGAAGGAUCCCCAAUGCCCCCCAGCAUGGACUCUGGGCCCUGGAGCUCUACAAGAAGAUGUUCUGGGCCCUCGCCUUCCCAAGGGUUCACCUGUACCCUUCAGGGCCCCUGCAUCAGGUGGGCAUUCUCCUGGACUGUGAUGCUGGCACAGUCUCCUUCUACAACGUGGGCAAUGGAUCUCUCAUCUACACAUUCUUUGGACUCUCCUCAGAGCCCCUGAGGCCAUUCUUCUGCCUCUGGACACACGACACCACCCCCCUGAUCAUCUCAGAAUUCAAGGCCCCAGAGGCCUUGGGGCCUCCUUAG